GAUAUAUAAAUCUUACAGUAUUCUUAAACAAACAAAGGAAGAGCAAGCAAAAAAAAAAAAAAAAAAAUACCAAUGGCGGUGUUCAAACGUUUAUCUUCUUCAUUUCCAGUUUCACUGCUGAUUUCCUUCUGUGCCGUCAUAGCCCUUUCCACCGCAAGUUUCAGGGUAGAGUUUGCACCGCCAGAAAUCAUGGCGCUGUGUGAAAAAUCCAUCAACCACACCUUUUGUCUCAACUUCCUGAACUCGACUGCCGGCAUACCGGCGGCGGAUCUCCUCGGCGCCGGCGAAAUCACGCUCAACGCCAGCCUUCACGAAGCCCAAGACACCCGAAACUACGUGAAAACACUGGUGGGGCAAACAACAAUCGAUCCGAAGCAGAAGCAGAGCUACGAGACGUGCCUGGACAACUACGACGUCGCCAUUGGAGCCAUUUCAGAAGCGAAAGCUUCGUUGCUCAGCGGAGAUUACGAGACGGCGAAUAUCGAGAUUUCGGCGGCGCAGACUGAUUCGGAUACGUGUAAUGACGAGGUGAAAGGGGCGGCGGCGGCGGCGGCCGAACUGGUUGAGAGGAAUGACUACUUGUUUAAUGUUCUCGAUGUUGCUCUGGUGAUAACUAAUAAGUUGGCCGGUUGAUGGGAUUAAUUGACCAUUGUUGGUGCAUGUUGAAGUGGAGGAAUAUCAUGUUAUUUUCAUUCAAGAAGUUUUCCCACGUUUGAUGAAUUAUCCGAUAAGAAGUAUUACGAUGCUUUCCAUGCAUAUAGUUGUUGAGUGAAUUUUGUCAAUGAAGGAAAGAAUCAGAGAAGCAAUCAAGCCCAUAUAAGGCAACUCUCAAGGAAGGAAAGAGGGAGCAGAAUUACAGGCAAUCAAAUCAUCAUUCAGCAACAGCUAGCUCGAGAAAAGGAGGAUUAUAAAAGAUCAAAGAACUG